AGUUGUCACGCUACCAAGUGUGGACGAGUCUGUAGGGCGCCUAAAAAGUCUUCGUUAUUCUUACUUUUCUGGUUUCCACUUUGAAAAACCAUUACACUCGUCUUCUCUCCUUUCAGUUUCUCUUGCAAACGGUUGUUAUUCGGAGGAUUUCAUGGACUUGUUUUCACUAUUCGCUCCCCUGCUUUUCUCGCCAAGAGCAACAAUUUUAGAGAGAUACACAGAGAAUCAAGUAAAGAUAUAGCCAAAUCCCAGAAGAGAAGAAGAAUUUUCAGUCCAGAACAAACAUGGGUAUAUCUUAUUUCUCUCUCUUUAUCUUUCUUUUCCUCUCAGUUUCCACCUUACGACCUGUUUGUGGAAAUGCCGAGUUAAGAGCUUUAAUAGAGCUAAAAGGUUCUUUAGACCCGCAAAACAAGCUCCUCACGUCAUGGAGCAGUGAUGGCGACCCAUGCAGUGGCUCAUUCGAAGGUGUUGCCUGCAAUGAGCACCGUAAAGUUGCUAACAUAUCGUUGCAGGGAAAGGGUCUUUCGGGUAAGUUGUCCCCUGCUGUGGCGGAGCUCAAGUGCUUGUCUGGCUUGUACUUGCAUUAUAAUUCAUUGUCUGGGGAGAUCCCUAAGGAGAUUUCGCAGCUAUCAGAGUUGUCUGAUCUUUAUCUCAAUGUGAAUAAUUUGUCUGGGAAUGUUCCUCCUGAGAUUGGUGACAUGGCUAGUUUACAAGUUCUGGAGCUGUGUUGUAACCAGCUAACAGGAAAUAUACCUAUGCAAAUCGGAUCCUUGAAGAAGCUAAGCGUCUUUGCUGUGCAGCAUAACAGUUUAACUGGUAAAAUUCCUGAAAGAUUAGGGAAUUUGGGGAUGUUAAGAAGGCUUGACUUGGGUUUUAAUGGUUUAUCCGGGAUUAUUCCUGCUACACUAGCAACCAUUCCUCAGCUAGAAGUGGUGGAUGUCCGAAAUAAUAGUCUUUCCGGAAUUGUUCCCUCUGGUUUAAAGAAAUUAAAUGAUGGAUUCUUGUCCGAAAACAAUCCUGGUUUAUGUGGAAUUGACUUUCCUUCUUUGAGAGCCUGCACCGCUUAUGAUGAUCUCAAUAUCAACCAACUGGAGCCUUUCAGAUCAAAGAUAAACAAAACUGAUCCAAAAGACAUCUCUAAGCCUACGGAUUUUGAGGAACACUGCAACCAUACCCAUUGCCCAAAAUCAUCAAAAUUGCCACGAAUUAUUGUCGUUGCUGGGGUUAUUACUGUGACUGCCACACUAGUUAUUGCGGGAUUGGUAGCCUUUUUCCGAUACCGCCUGCAGAAACAAAAGAUUGGAAAUACAUCUGAAUGUUCCGAUGGGCAGCUAAGUACUGAUCACGCCAAGGAGUUGAGCAGGAGCGGGACCUCACCACUUGUAUCUCUUGAGUAUGCUAAUGGAUGGGACUCUGGUUUCUUUCAGGAGCAUCAUAAUAAGUUCAGAUUCAGCUUGGAAGAGAUUGAAUCGGCCACUCAAUGCUUUUCUGAGAUUAAUUUGUUGGGAAGAAGCAAUUUCUCAUCUGUCUACAAAGGAAUUCUAAGAGAUGGUUCUGUUGUAGCUAUCAGAAGUAUCAAUAUAACCAGCUGUAAGAAUGAGGAAUCUGAGUUUGUGAAAGGCUUGAACUUGUUAACCUCACUCAAACAUGAAAAUCUUGUUAGGCUGCGGGGUUUCUGUUGCUCAAGAGGGAGAGGUGAAUGUUUUCUCCUCUAUGACUUUGCUGCUAAUGGAACCCUUUCAAAAUAUCUUGACGUUGAAUAUGGAAGCACCAAGGUUCUUGACUGGUCUAAAAGGUUAUCCAUCAUAAAUGGCGUUGCAAAAGGGAUGGAAUAUCUGCACCGGAGCGAAGCCAAUAAACCAACCAUUGUCCACCGAAACAUAUCCACCGAGAAGAUUCUCAUUGAUCACCAGUUUAGACCAUUGAUUGCAGACUCUGGCAUUCACAAGCUUCUUGCUGACGACAUUGUCUUCUCUGCACUAAAGACGAGUGCAGCCAUGGGAUAUCUAGCUCCGGAGUAUAUUACCACUGGUCGAUUUACGGAGAAGACUGACAUUUUUGCAUUUGGAGUGAUUAUUCUCCAAAUUAUCUAUGGAAAGAUCAUACUUAGCAACUCAAUGCGAUUGGCAGCUGAAUCUUGCAGAUAUGAAGGUUUUAUUGAUGAGAACCUCAGAGGAGAAUUCUCCGAAUUGGAAGCAGCUAAGCUGGCAAAAAUUGCACUGGCUUGUACCCACGAACUCCCUGGCAAUAGGCCAACAUUUGAGUCUGUGAUUCAGGAGAUGAGUGCCAAUUCUUAAUACCCUUGCUCAUCAUUUAUUUCGUUUUUCUUGUAUGUUUCCAAUGAGAUGGCCUUGGAAAGCAAUGUCUUGAUUUGAAACUGUUUGCACGUGUAAUUUUACAAGGCCCGACCAGGUAUGUUGAAAGAUCACGAAUUCCUGUCAAUUGGAGCUGGUCGAUAAGCUUGCAUGUAAUAACAUCUCUUCCCCUGAUAGACUGGCGCAGUGUCAUUCCGGCCGGAAGAAAAGAAACUUGGCAUUUUGACAACUC